UUUCAUUAUAUAAAUUUGCUAUUAUGUACAUAAUGCGAAGGCAGUUAUUGCAUAUGAAGAAUGCGCAUUAGUGUUGGUAGUUUUCUGUCGUCUGCAGGGUUUUGCGUGCGCGGUGUUCUGAUUGUCAACGUAGUGCGAUUUGUUUAUGUCAGAUUUAAAAAUACAUUUCCCGAAAAUAGGGCUGCGUUACGCAAAAUAGCCAUGGAGACGAUUGGUGGAGAUGUGUUUGAGAACAUCGCGCUGACUCCGAAUGGCAUUGCUAAUGUUUUGACGGGGGAUCAGAACGUGAGGAAGUAUUACCGCAAGGCAGCACACAGGAUAUUCGUGAACCGCAGCCUGCACCUCGAAAACAUCAAGUUCUAUGGCUUCGAUAUGGACUACACGCUGGCGGAGUACAAGUCGCCCCAGUAUGAGCGCUUGGGCUUCAACUUGCUCAAGGAGCGGCUUGUCUCCAUGGGCUACCCACAGGAGAUCCUGGCCUUCGAAUACGACCCCUCCUUCCCGGUCAGAGGUCUGUGGUUCGACUCAUUGUAUGGAAACUUGCUGAAAGUGGAUGCGUAUGGGAACAUUCUGGUAUGCGUACAUGGAUUUGAUUUCCUCAAACAUUCACAGGUGUACGAACUGUACCCCAACAAGUUCCUGCUACUGGACGAAUCUCGAGUAUAUGUGCUCAACACACUGUUCAACCUGCCCGAGACUUACAUGCUGGCUUGCCUCAUUGACUUCUUUACGAAUUCUCCUCAGUAUACCAGGGAGAAGAUGGGCAUAAAGGCCGGGGAUCUGUUCAUGUCCUUCAAAUCCAUCCUACAGGACGUGCGCAACGCAGUGGACUGGGUGCACAUCCAGGGGGAUCUGAAGUCUCGCACCAUCGAGCAGCUGGAUGAGUACGUGAAGAAGGACGAGAGACUGCCCAUGUUCCUCACCAGGAUACGAGAGAGCGGGGCCAAGGUGUUCCUGCUCACCAACAGCGACUACUGCUUCACCGACAAGAUCAUGACUUACUUGUUCGACUUCCCGCAUGGUGCUAGGCCGGAGGAGCCGCACAGGGACUGGAAGACGUACUUUGACACGAUCGUGGUGGACGCUCGCAAGCCCCUGUUCUUCGGGGAGGGCACCAUCCUGCGGCAGGUGGACACCACCACCGGGGCGCUCAAGAUCGGCACCCACAUGGGGCCCCUGCAGAAGGGGCAGGUCUACUCUGGCGGCUCGUGCGACGUGUUCACGGAGCUGCUGGGCGCCAAGGGCAAGGACGUGCUCUACAUCGGGGACCACAUAUUCGGGGACAUCCUCAAGUCCAAGAAGAUCCGGGGCUGGCGCACGUUCCUGGUGGUGCCGGAGCUGGUGCAGGAACUGCACGUGUGGACGGACAAGUGCCAGCUGUUUGCUGAGCUGCAGACCCUCGACGUCAUGCUGGGCGACAUGUACAAGAACCUGGACAGCAGCGCGAAGGAGAAGCCAGACAUCUCGAAGCUACGGGCGGCCAUCAGGGACGUCACGCACAAGAUGGACCUGUCGUACGGCAUGAUGGGCAGUCUGUUUCGCAGCGGCUCUCGACAGACCUUCUUCUCGUCCCAGGUGGUACGCUAUGCCGACCUGUAUGCUGCCUCCUUCCUCAACCUGAUCUACUACCCCUUCAGCUACAUGUUCCGUGCCCCUGCCAUGCUGAUGCCACAUGAAUCGACUGUGGCCCAUGAGCAGAGGUUUGUGAUGGAGAGCCCAAUGAUCUCUCGCUCGCGUGUCUUCUCAGUCCUGAAUGAUGAAGAGGAUCCCAGGCACCACAAGGUGGUGGAACAUGCACAAAGCCAAGUGCCGCACGUGAGGCCAGAAACACCACGUUGCCUCACGCACAACCACGACGAGGACUGUUCUGACGAAGAGAGCGACUGCAAGUCGGAGGAGCGCGCAGUGUGAUCAUGCCGACGUUUCUGUGAAUACUAUGUGUAAAAACAAGCACUGUAUCAUACCUCUUACUCCUACUGUUCCGCAUCUUCAUCUCAAGGCACAUGUGUUAUAUGUGCAUAGUUUUUGUGUGUGUACUUUUUAUUGAGCAAGCUACUGUCAGACUGUCUAGCAGUAAAUUUGUGUUACGUUUUCAGUAACAUUUUAAUGUUUUGUAUUUUGUAUCAGAUGCAGAACUAAUGCGUACAUUGAUUUCAAUGUACUUUUUUUUUAUUAAUAGUUUUAAUAAUUUUAUUGAUCUGCUAUAUCAAAAAAAAAAAUAUUUUGUAUUCCUUUGGAUAUAAUUUAAGUACAAAUUAUCAGACUGGAUACUGCAUAUGCUAUUUAUAAAAACGUUUAUCCAGUCAGGGCCAUCCAUAAAUGUUCUAAGUUGAAAAGUUACUUAGACUAGGUAUUACUAAAUUCCUGCACAACAGGAUCAACAGAUCAGUAAAUUAUGUUUUUCCAUAUGCCAAUUAAUGUUCUUCUAUUAGCCUGUCUCAUUGUAUUAUGUAUUAAUUUAAAAAUGAUGUUAGCUGUUUCACAGUUAUCUUCAAAUAUUAGUUCUCAGGAACAUUGUUGGUGUAUUUUCAUCCUCUUGUAAUAAACUGUCUUCUUACUAUACCUACAAUUUCUGAUAUGUUCCUGCAUGUCAAAACUGUACACCUAUGUGCUGAUGAGUGUUACAAUUAUUUUCUCAUUAGGAACUCCUAUUUUCUGUCACAGGUAUUGCCUGAUUACAUUCAUGGAUGGCUCUAUUGUUUGCAUAACAGGAAUAGUAGAGAUUAAGUCCAGUAGGAUGAAUAGUCUAAACUGUUAGGAUACAUUUACUUACACAAAUAAAAAAAAUAAUGUUCCUGAACAUUAAAAAAAAAAAUGAACUUGCAUAAUGUACAAAGUCCAAAGUAUUGAGAAGCAUAGGGAAUAACAAUAUGUAGUUGUGUAAAGCUGUUUAUGGGGCCUCUUUGUUUUGCAGGAAGUUAUUGUAAAUAAUCCUGAUUAAUAUGCAAUGCAGUUAUGUAAAAAGAAGCGUUAAUAAAAAUCUACAUGAAAAAAAAUAUACAAGACUUAUUUGAUAUUCUCUUUUACCAUAAUAAUAAUAAUUAUUAUUAUUAUUGUUACAAACGCGAGAGAGACUGGACAGCGAUGCCAGGUUUGGAGCUGGCUGGCGGCCCCGCAUGGCCACUGACGUCAUGCGCCAUCCAUUGACGUAAGACAUGCCACAUGUGCCUGCCCGGAUUACAAGGGUCGUCGCUAUCUCCCUCCUCCUCUUCGCUCCCCACGCUGCGCCGGACAGUCUGUGGGAAUUCCACGGGCCGUCACACGAGCUGCCGACGCCCUUCUCGACACUUCGGGUGUCGGGUCGGCGCGGGAUGACGUGACUUGUCAUCUCGGGUCAUCGUGUGAGCUAACAAUGCCCUUCUCAACGCGACUGGCCCCAGUCGCGCUUGUCACUUCUAGAAGGGCGCCAGGGUCUAUAUAAGCCUGGACGCCAGCCUCUGCGGGGGUGGCUCGGUGAAGGGAAGUGCGAUGGUGGCAACGAAGAUGGCGCAGGGAAGUGCGACUGUGGCAAUGGAGAUUGCGAAGGGAAGUGCAACGGCGGCGAGGGGUGCGGCCCUGCGAGGUGUGCAGUGUGUAAGGAUGUUGUAAACAUUAGCAGUCAAUAAAACUGUGCAAAAAAAA